AUGGAACAAACGGCUUUUGCACUAAUACAAGAACUUUGGAGCUACGAGGUGGAGAUGAAAGGCAUAAGCCACAAAUAUGGCUCUAUUGUAUACAAUAUAUCUGCGGAAAACCCCCGAAAAGCCAUAUAUGUUAGAAGGGAUAUCGACUUUGUCAGCUUACCGAGGUUCAGUAAUAAAGAUCCGGUAGCAAUUAAAGUAGAACAUCAAAGAGAAGGAAAGCGACAACCUCUAGUAGAGACUAAUUAUAACCCAUGCAUCAUUGAUCUGGGUGCCAAGAAUCAGUCUGGUAAGUUCCAGGAACCAGCUGCAGAGCCUGCAAAGGGUAUUUUGACUGGCAAUUGCUGUAUUAAUGAAAACUACUUCAAUGGCAGCAUUGGCAGCAUUCUGAUUACGCAGAGGACUGAAGCGGAGGCCUACAAGCUAGAUAGAGAUCAGAGAAGAGGGGGUGGUGUCUGUCUCUAUAUUCAUGAGAGGUUAAGAGGUGUACAGGUGGGAGUGGGUCAUCCUGCCAAUUAUCCUACUGCUGAGUAUCUUCUUAUCAAGGUAUCCUUGCCUCAGGACAGUGUGGUGCUGCGGGUCGACAGUCGUUUGAGAAAUCUUGUUAUGUACACCCGGGUUCUUCUAUCGGUACUCCUAGCGGAGUGCGCCCUUGCACAGUUCAACUCGCUCAUCGACCAUGAGGAUAUUAUUGAUAUAGACGGUACUGAUGACGGGGGUCGAAUAGUAGGGGGUUUUGCAGCUGAUAUAGAAAAUCAUCCACAUCAGGUGUCCCUCAGGUAUAAAGGAAAGCACGUGUGUGGUGGGUCGAUCGUAAGCGAGGAGUGGAUUCUGACAGCAGCUCACUGUGUCGUAGGGUCAUCUGCAAGUGACUAUUCAAUAAAAGCUGGCUCAUCAUAUAUCGAUGGAUUUGGGGAUAACGUUGAUGUCAGUGAGAUAAUUGUUCAUGAGAAUUACGAGUCAACCGACUACGAUAUUGCAGCACUCAAGCUGGAAGAACCAAUAAAAUAUAAAAGUGGAAUUGGACCGAUUUCCUUGCCUACAGAAGAAGAGACUUACACCAGCGGAACCAUGGCCACUGUGACCGGUUGGGGUACUCAAAGAAACUCUGGGUCAAUUAGCAAACGUCUGAGGGAGGUCAAAGUGCCACUCGUUUCAAGUUCAAAGUGCGCUGAACUUUAUGGCGAAGAACUCAUAACUUACAGAAUGAUAUGUGCUGGGUACAUCAAAAGUGGAGGAAGAGAUGCCUGCCAGGGAGACAGCGGUGGCCCACUGGUGCAAGAUGGAAGACUCAUCGGAAUUGUGUCCUGGGGAUAUCGCUGUGCACAACCAAAGUACCCCGGAGUUUACACUCGUGUCGCUGCAGUCCGCUCCUGGAUCACUGACAAGACUGGAUUGUGAACGUCAAUCCCCAUCCGUUAAAACAAGACCCUUUUCUUCUUUCCUUUUUUCUACAGCGCGCACUACCUAUUCCUUUUUCUUCGCUUUUCCUCGUUCCUCCCUGUUCUCUGACGAUUCCCCUGAACACAUACGUAUUACCUUUCCCGCAGGGCCUAAAAAUGUCAAGAUUAUACUGGAUAAAAAUAAAUUUUGAAGCCAAAAAAAUAAACAUUUCAGGAGUCGUACUACUGCUGAGAUACUUAACUUAUG